AAGUAAAGUGAAGAAAAAACGUGCCUACUUUUAGGAGCAACAUAAUUUCCAACAUUGCAAAAAAAAGUUCGUUGUGCUCUCGUUUUAUGUUUCUGAUUCAUUUUGUUGUUUCAAGAAAGUGAGAUAAAAAGCGAACAAAAAACACACAUUUAUUCGUACACUUUUAAUUAAAAAUUCAACGGGCAAAAAUAAAAGAGUAUUCCGUUGCUGGCAAACCACCACCAACCAGAACUAGCAUCACCAACACCAAACCGCCUAUAAAAACCGGACCAGCUCCUGCUCCCGCUCCCUCCCCGUUGACAUCAUUUAUCACAUUGGAUUUUCAAAAUGACCACAGAUUUGUUAUUUCCCAAAAUUGCUGAUUGUUCAUAUGUCUCCUGCUAUUGCGAAGAGAACGUUUGGAAGCUUUGCGAACAAGUGAAGAAAACACGUAUCGAUGAACUCUCGAAAUGCUAUGCCGUGUUUGUAUCAAAUGAGGGUCGCACUGUACCGCUGUGGCGCCAGAAAGCAGGACGUGGCGAUGACCAAGUUGUGAUAUGGGACUAUCAUGUCUUCUUCAUGCACAAUCCAAGUCCGAAUAGGUGUUUGGUAUUCGAUUUAGAUACAACGCUACCAUUUCCCACAUAUUUUCACAAAUAUGUGACAGAGACAUUUCGUUCCGAUUUAGCUUUAAGACCAGAACACCACAGAUUCUUUCGUGUCAUACCUGCUGAAACAUAUCUUGCGGAAUUCUCCUCGGAUCGUAGGCAUAUGAGAAGGCCAGACGGUAGCUGGAUAAAGCCACCACCCUCUUAUCCGCCCAUACAAUCUUGCAGCAAUGCCCAUACCCUUGGCGAUUUCAUAUGCAUGAGCCCCGGCAAAGGUCCCGGCACGGUCUACAGCCUAUCUGAGUUUGUGCAGAACUUUUAUAAAUCACCCAAUGCUGUGGCCCAGCAAAACAACAAAUAAUAUCAUCCAUCAUCGGCUAUGUUUAAUGGGUAAUUAAUUAAUUAAUUCAUUAUUUUUGAGUUAAAUGCAAACAAAAACAAACAAACAACAACAAAAACAAAGGCAAAGAGGAAAAAAAAAUACAAAUUACUAAUUAAUUAAGUUAUUUUUUAAUACUACUUAAUAAAGAACAUUUAAAAUUACUUUUAAUUUUCCAAAUAAACAAAAUAAGCAACCAGACAAGUUAAAAGAAAAUUGACAACAUUAAGAUGAUGAAUAAAAAUUAAUAAGACUACAGCACUUUAUAUAUAAAUUAAAAAGAAAACAUUAUAUACAGUGAAAAUAAAAAAAAAAACAAAAAUUUUCUUAAGCAAAGAUUUUUAAGCUCGUGACAAAAAUUAAAAAAAAAACAACAAACUUUUUGAACAAUUUUUUAUUAUUAUAUUUUAUAAUAUGGCUUAAUUUUUGUAAUAACUUCCUCUCAAUAAAAAAGAAACCCUAACACAACAACACCAACACAA